AUGGCGGUUGAUCCAUCAUACGAAGCCUUAGAUUUACACCAUGUUCGUUACCAGAAGGGCGACGUCCUCGGCUACUUCCUCGCAUGGAUAUCCAUACUCCCUAUAUACGCCUCCGUCAUGCUCUUCUCACACUUCGUCCACCACCGCGAGAUCCAUUCUUUGUUCAUCUUCAUUGGCCAGCAACUCGCCAUGUUCCUCGCGUUGCUUCUGAAGAACUCAAUAAAACAACAGCGCCCCGAAACCUGCUCCUCCCUCGAAACUUGCAACACCUACGGCUGGCCCUGGCAACACACCACGCUUACAUUUUUCCUUGCGGCAUACUUGACGCUCUCGGCGUUUAAAAAGAAUAAGAACAGGGAGCAGAGGUGGACGGUGAUCGGCGGAGCUUUUGUGGGGAGUUCUGUCGGUGCAGUCUGGUUUUGGAUGGUGAAUUCUGUGUUUUCCGGUUACUUUCCCGGCAUUGAAGAGAGCUUCAUUGGGAGGAUUUUGCAUCUCAAAGACACUUCUCAUAUUCGGAAUGCGUUGAAGUUGGAGUACGAUAACGCAAGAGCUAGCCGGAAAAAUUCGGAGCAAAAGCACACUUGA